AUGAAGGACAACUUCAGCGCAAUCUACCCAAGAACGACUGACGACGACAGCUUUCUUGGAACAAUCGAAAAGAUCAGUUCCAUCUUAUCCUUGCUGGGGGUCAGCUUAAUAUUUGUCGCCUUUUGGGCCUCCCAGCGCAUGCGAUCCGUUCGCAAUCUCUUCAUCCUACUUGCCUCAGUCUCCAACUUUUGUGCAAGUAUCGCCUGUAUCAUAGGCCGUGAUGGACUUCGCCUUGGCGUAGACUCGGCGUUAUGUAAGGCGCAAAGCGUAUUGCUAGAAUCCUUUUUGCAGUCGGACCCCUGGUGGUCCUUUGCUAUGGCUAUUAACGUGUUUCUUAUUUUCUUUGCCAAUGUCGACGUAUCAUUAUUUCGACGAUAUCUCUGGGUCUACUGUAUAAUAUGCUUAGGGGGCCCUCUGAUUCUAGGCCUCUGCUUACUAUCCAUCAAGCCGAAUGAGCCAGACACCUCGAUAUACGGUAAUGCUUUCUUAUGGUGCUGGAUUACUCCUGAAUGGGGUCAUCUUCGAAUUUUUGCGUUCUAUGUACCAACCUGGUGCUGCAUAUUCGGCUCAGCUGCUAUCUAUCUCGCCAUUGGGUACCACGUAUUUCACAGGCGGAACCAACUUGCGAAGCUUAACUCGAGCAACCUACGCAACAAUGCUGGACGCUUUUUAGACUUAACUGAAAAUACAUCCACCGGAAAGACCCCUACCGACAGCACUGGGGACGAUAUAAGUGCAGCGACGGAAGGACCGGUUACGACGAUUGAACUUGAGGCUCAGCUGCCUCGGACGCCAAGUGCGGCAAUGAUAAACAGUUCUGUGAACGCAAAAGCGCAAGAGCAGGCCCCAUGGGAUAUGAUUAAUGAGGAGGCUGUUCCGCAGGGUAGUCCGCGGUUUGGCACAACUUCCUCUACUCCGCCCCCGCCAAAGCCCCGACGCUCUAUCAUUCGGCGCAUCGCCCCCAUCAACAGAAAGAUUCAAUCACGAUUAAAGGAGAUUGAUCCCAUAAAGCUUGAAUAUCUCCGAACCUGCUCUUUAUUUGCUGUUUCCGUACUUAUCACAUGGACGCCCAGUUCAAUCAACGUAUUAUACGAAUAUGUCAGGCCGGAGGAUGUCAGUUUGGGUUUAAACACUACGAUCGCUAUCGUGCUACCACUUCAAGGAGCCUGGAAUGCGGGCAUAUUUUUCUGGACCAGUUGGUCAACUGUCAGAGAAGAAUGGACCGAAGUAAGGUUACGUCGCCAGGAGCGCCAUCUCGACAAUCACCGUGACCGUUGCAGAUGGCCAAGGGCUACAUUGUUAACGGGCGACGUGAAGCAUCGCUUGAAAUGCUAUCUGCAUCGGCGUAAAGGCGAGACUAACCGAGAUCAAAGCCGCGAUAUUCCACUGUUAACGUAG